AUGGUGAUGAGGAAUGAAGUAUUUCCCUUCUUGAAACCAGAGGUACUACUCAAUAUGAAUAACACCAUUCAAAAGUUUAAAUUAAUUACUACUACCCAUGAAUCUCAGCAACAACAACAACCACUUUCAUCUUUCUACUAUCAUUAUCAUGAUGGUGAUAAUACUAAUAGUGAUUCAGUGCUGUUUGGAAACACCCAUCAUCAGUUUUCUACUUCAUCAUCAGCAUCACAGUUUUAUAACUCCUGCUUUCCAAAUAGUUACACUGCAAAUGCAAAUCCAUGCAAAGCCUUAGAUCCUCUGCCACACAAUGCUGAUGCUAACCAAUCUUUACUUCUUGAUGGAAUUGCUGCUGUUGUUGGAAAACACAUUCUCUUUGGCAACCCCAAAGAUACUGCUAACACGGGUAAUAUCAAAAUCAACAACUCUCCUGGUGGAAGUAGUACUAAUACAGUUGACGGAAAACAAGAUUGUAACCUGUUAGGUGUAAGCAACACUAGUUCUACCAUUCAGAAGCCGAGCUACAGAGGAGUCAGAAAGAGACCAUGGGGAAGGUGGUCAGCUGAGAUACGCGAUCGAAUAGGUAAGUGCAGACACUGGUUGGGUACUUUCGACACAGCUGAAGAAGCAGCUCGAGCUUAUGACUCUGCAGCUAGACGGUUAAGGGGAUCUAAAGCUAAAACAAAUUUCUCAAUUCCUUCUACUUAUAUACCUAUACCUGUCCCAUCUCCAUCCUCUUCUUUUACUUCUACUUCUUCUUCAUCUUAUUCUUCUUUUUCAUCUUUAGAUGAGGAGAAGACUUGUAAGAAAAUGAUGAGUUCUGGUGGACGAAAUAGUAACCAUAACAGGGCCAGAAUUACUAGGACUUGUUCAGUUGUUACUUCUGCUGCUCAUCUUUUUAGUAGUCAGCAACUUAAACCAAAUAAGCUGAUGAAACUUGGUGGUGGUUUAUCUCUUAUCCAGAACACCAACCAGUACUAA